AUGACCGAGCCUUGGGGAGUCCAGGUGAGCUACUGUACUGGAGUAGCUAGAAGGGUGCUCCUGCGAACAACUGUGGCUCAUCUGUUGCGUACAUUUUUCAACAGUCCUGAUGAACAUAUUGACGAGUUUGAAAGACAACUGCGGGAGAGCUCGCGCAGCGUGCAAGCCAUUCACAGCUGGAUCAAAGGCCUUCCACAAAAGUCCGGCCAGCAGAUCUUGGGCAUUAUCCGUACUAUUCUGAAUACUCUCAAGCCCACGGGGCUGGAUCCAACAGGAAAAUAUCUCUGUGUUGCUUGGCCCUUCGACGGAGAUACCACACGUUGUUUGAAGGUGCCUCUUGGGGGUCGGAACUCCUGGGUUAAAAUCCUUGAGGAUUCACAUGAUACUGCCACUUUUGCAUAUAUCACUAUGGAAUGUCUCGAGGCAAAGCAUGUCCAAUGCAAGGCGGCUCGAGAAGCCCGCCAUGAAGACAUAUGCUUGCUCGAAACAACUGUUACUAGAGCAGUACGUGACAGGCCAGAUCCCUGGUCAUUGAAACACGAAGAAGUAUACUUCUUUGCCAAGUUGGACAGUUCAUUUUGGGUCAAGGUACAAAGAGAACACAAAGAUGGGCCAGCAAGUCUCGUUGAGAUGAUGCCUUUGGAUAAUUUAUCUCAUGAUCUCCGGCAGUGGUUCAGGAGCCAGGAAAAACAGCAACAAGGCCGUUUGCGAGAAUGCCCUAAGGCUCGAGAUGAGAGCGAAACGGUGUAUGUUUCUUCGGCCCGAAGAAAUCAUUAG